UUUUCCUUGUAAUCGUUGUGGAAAUUCAAAGUGUGUAGGGUGUAGGUAUUACUAUUGCGCUUCAUUUUACUUACAAAUAGUAAAAAACUAAACGGGGUAUACAUAUAUACUAAAUAAAAACUUGUGAAAAAUGCCAAUUCGGAAUAUACCACCAUUUGUUUUGAGUUUGGACUCAGCUCCAUAUUAUAACCACGAUUUGUAUCCUAAUCAUAUUUAUCGACGUUUACAUGAACGCCAACAUCACCCCUUGGAUUUAGGUACUUUGGGUUUAAUUGCACGUCUGGGGCCGCAUGCACAUAACCUAGUGGCUGCUAAGCACAGCACCGAAGGCAGUGUAGUUAACCGUUUUGGAAAAAAUGGUUUCGAAGUGCACUUGGAUGUUGGUCUAUUCAAACCGGAGGAUCUAACCGUAAAAAUCGUUGAUGAUUCAUUAGUGAUUGAGGGCAAACAUGAAGAACGUGAAGAUGAACAUGGUCAUAUUUCGCGGCACUUUGCGCGUCGCUAUGUACUACCGAAAGGUUAUGAUGAGGAGAGCAUUGUAUCGACAUUAUCCUCGGACGGUGCGUUGACUGUGCGUGUACCAUCACCACCACCACCGCCAGAAGUUGCAAAGAAGGAGCGCAUAAUAACUAUACAGCAGGUUGGCCCUUCUGAAAUUUUUCUAAAGAGCAAAAGUCAGGAGGAGAUCGAAGCAGCCGCCACAAAAUAAACACUAACUGCGUAUUACACCAAAAAAAUUGUAUUCUGUAUUCAUAUACUUCUCGAUGUCGUGAAGGGAAAACAUUGGAAAUGUACCAAUAAUGAAUUGAAAACGUAAACCAGUAACUUUGCAUUUACAUAUAUACAAACACUAAUUAAAUAGAUGUACUAAAAGUUUUUAAAUAUUUGCCAUUAUAAUAAUGUAAGCAUUUAGUAUUUGAAAUGACUGGUAAUUUUAAAUACGCAGUCUGGUUUAUUAAUGAAUUAUGUAAAAGGAUAUUGCGCAUAUGCCUAAAAUGCAGCUUUAUAGUGAUAUAUUUGUAUUGCGCAAUAUUUUCAUUAUUAUAUUUAUAUAUGUAGCUAUUUACUAUUUAAGUGAAUCCUUAUCCUUUUGGAGAAUCUCAUCUUAUCAUAUUGUAUUGCAAUUGAAUCAACUUUUCUACUUUUUAUCGCAAACUUUUUAAAUAAUUAAUACAAAUAUAUAUACAUAUGAAUGAAUUAAAAUAAAA